ACACAGAGGGGGCUUUGCUCUGCUUGUGGGCUGAGUGGCGCUCCCCCAACAUAUGCCCCAUCUCCGCUGGAAUGUGAUUAUCUUCCGUAGCUGUGGAGAGGAAGGCAGAGCAAUGCGAGAAGCAUAAAAUGGAAGAGAGAGAGGGCUGAAGCGUCGGGAGAGCAAGACGAGAGGUUGAGCAAAAGGGUGAGUCAGUCUGUCACUGAGCCGGCAAGCGAGCGAAGGGAGCGGCGGAAGGAAGGGAGGAUGCGACCACUGCAGCCAGGCAGCAGUUUAACAGCAACCUGAACCUGCCACCAGCUUUGGAAGCCGCCCACAAGCGAUGAGGGGGAACCUUUUUUAGGGUGGGAGUGUAUUCUCCUCCCUGACGUAUGGGACCGGACGCCACCUCCACUCAGACGGGAAAGAUAACGCCGUGUGUUUCCAGUCCGAGCGUGCUGACGAAGAUGCCUGCGUGCCCGUGAAAAUCGAGCACUCCAGAGCUGUCGGUCGGAGCUCAUCAUGCAAGUACAGUAACUCCUCCAGCGUGCACGCGUGUCUGACUCGAGCAACAAGUGCGAGCGCUGAGAGGAUCCGGUCAGGCGUCAAUGGAAGAAGUUCUGGCAAGAGGCCGCUGUCGCAGUCCAAACCGCCAGUGCCUCCCAAACCAGCACACCUUCAGAGCCCGGUGACGGAGCUCUCAUCCCCUCUGGCUCACAUCCACAAACCCCAGUUUAGACCAGGGAUGGAGGAGGGAGGUGGAGGAGGAAGGGGGGCGGCAAACCGGGAGAGGGUCAGAGUCAAACACUCCAAAGUGUCAGACCUCAUCAGCCGAUUUGAGGAGAACAGCAACACGGACAACAGGAGAGCUAGCUCGCCUCUCAAACAGAGCGGCAAAUCGGCCAACUGCAGCCCCGCACACCGGACCUCCCACAGGCUGACGGAGCCCGCCAAGAUCCAGGAGAACCACUCCACGGUAGAGCUGGACUCUGUGGCAUCCGACCCGCAGGAUGCACGCACACCCACGGCUAACGGGGUGCUGAGGCAGAUGGAGCGGGACAAGGAGGAGGAGACACGGGCGUGUAACGGUGAAAACGGGAGGAUAGUCAAUGGAGAUAUGGGGAGCGCAGACGGGACAGGAGAGGACUCCAGUCCGCAUGCGCACAGAACUCCUUCAGAGAGCUCCCACGAGAGUGAGGAGAUCGGGGCGAGCACGGAGCAGGAACACGAACACAAGGAGACAAACGAGCAGAAGCUGUUCAAGAUCGCCAGCGAGCUCCUGCAGACGGAGAAGGCUUACGUGGUUCGACUGAACUUGCUGGAUCAGGUAUUUUGUGCCAAGCUCAUGGAGGAGGCAAACAAAGGAACAUUCCCCGUGGAUGUGGUGAAGAACAUCUUCUCCAACAUCUCCUCCAUCAACACCUUCCACAGCCAGUUUUUGCUGCCAGACUUGGAGAAGCGGAUGGGAGAAUGGGCAUCCACGCCUCGCAUCGGAGACAUCCUGCAGAAGCUCACGCCCUUCCUCAAGAUGUACGCCGAGUACGUGAAGAAUUUCGACAAGGCCAUGGAGCUGCUGAAACAGUGGAGCGAGCGUUCUCCGCCGUUCAAGGCCAUCAUUCAGGAGAUACAGAGUCAAGACGUUUGCGGCAGCCUUACGCUUCAACAUCACAUGCUGGAGCCCGUGCAGAGGGUGCCUCGCUAUGAGAUGCUCCUCAAAGACUACCUGAAGAAGCUUCCGCAAGACGACCCCGAUCGGCGAGACUCAGAAAAAUCCUUAGAGAUCAUCGCCACGGCAGCAACUCACUCCAACAGCGCCAUACGUAAAUCUGAGAACCUGAAGAAACUGAUGGAGAUUUACGAGAUGCUCGGCGAGGAGGAGGACAUCGUUCAUCCCUCUAAUGAGUUCAUCAAAGAAGGUCACAUCCUGAAGCUGGCGGCCAGGAACACCUCAGCCAUGGAGCGAUACCUCUUCUUGUUCAACAACAUGCUGUUGUACUGCGUUCCCAAAUUCAGCCUGGGUGGACCCAAGUACACGGUCAGGACGCGGAUCGGCAUCGACGGCAUGAAAGUCCUGGAAACCACCAACGAGGACUACCCUCACACCUUCCAGGUUUCGGGGAAGGAGAGGACACUGGAGCUCCAAGCCAGCUCCGAGCAGGACAAGGCGGGCUGGAUCAAGGCUUUCCGAGAGACCAUCGAGAUCUUCCAGCAGAAGAACGAGUCAUUCAAGUCGGCAUCCAAGGACGUGGAGGAGGUGUCGAACGCCGAGCUGGGGAAACGCGCUCCUCGUUGGAUCCGCGACAACGAAGUGACCAUGUGCAUGAAAUGUAAAGAGCCGUUCAACGCCCUCACGCGGCGGCGACACCACUGCAGAGCUUGUGGCUACGUGGUCUGCUGGAAAUGCUCCGACAACAAGGUGCCGCUGGAGUACGACGGCAACAGGGUGAACAAAGUGUGCAGAGAUUGCUUCUCCAUCCUGACGGGAGAAACCAUCACUGAGGGCAAGAAGAAGGGCAUCCUGGAGAUCGAGGCGGGUCAGUUCACGGGCAGCAGCAUCAUGUGCGGCUUCCUGCAGUACUGCGAGAAGAACAAGCCCUGGCAGAAGGUGUGGUGCGUCAUCCCCGAGAAGGAGUGCUUGGUGCUCUACCUCUACGGAGCUCCUCAGGACGUCAAGGCGCAGAGCAGCAUCCCUCUGCUGGGCUACUCGGUGGAGGACAGCAUCCGGCCCGCCGACCCCCAGGCCAGCUUCCGCCUCAGCCAGUCCAAGUCGGUGCACAACUUUGCUGCCGAAAGCGAGGAGCUGAAGCAGCGUUGGCUCAAGGUGAUCCGUGUGGCCGUGACGGGGGAGGUGCCCGAGUGCGCUCACACCAACGGCGGCGGCGUCACCGUGGCGGACAUGCAGGAAGCGGGCUCAGACAGCUCGUAAGGACUCCAGACUCGCAAAGCGCCUUGGCUCGACCGCUUCCUCCUCUCUAGCUGGACCGGAAGGAGUGCUGGAUAAGCUGCCUUUUAUCAUGCAGGCUGGAGUACUCCACUUGGACACAAACACGGGAGGGGACAGCGCCCUCUAAAGCCUGUGGACUCGUACUGCACCGUCUUCCCAACCGCCCAGCCAAGCUGUACAGUAGAAAGUCUAUUUCUGAAGGUUAUUUUCACCUUGUUUGAUAGAAUUUAUGUACAGUAUCUGCCUCUUUUUCUUUUCACGGCUGUCUCGUGGCUCCCAAGGUGGAGGACCAAUCAGAAGGGUGGACGCGCUUCCUGGUCUUAUUAAAUGAGAAGGCGUGGCCAAACCUUUGACAAUGUUAAGUUGUAUUAGCAUUUCAAUUCACCAUCCGGUCAUCAGAAUCAUUUAUUAAAUUGGCCGGUUUUACAUCAUCUCCCCGACCACAUUUUGUGGUUUUAUAAUGAAAAUAGCAUUUUAAAAUGGUAUCAAUUGUAAAAAAAAAAAAAUGACAGUUUUGGUCACUCAUUAAACUUUAUGGAGACACCAAACACAAACUAUUGACCCCCCCCUUCUUAAAAUCAUGCUUGAAAGCAGCAUCGACUUGAGCUUUCACUCCUUUUUCCUUCAUGGUUACACUGGAUGGUGAACAAUCGAUAACGACUGUCCUCGGCCAAAGUGCACAAUGACAUCUUAACAAGCUGGUGCAAGAAUUGUAAAUGUAUUAUUUGUAUUAUUAUUACUGCUGUAAGUAACUGUACUAUUUAAGGUAAUUUAUAGAAGACGAUGAGCAUGAGCUGUUGGAAGUAGCACAAAUCUGUGUCACUAAAGUCUUUUGUUUUGGAUCCAACCGUCUGCAGUGACAGUCGUUAGUCACCAGUCAUUAGCCACCAGUAAUUAGCCACCAGUCGUUAGAGGGGCUGGACGUGCCUACAAUGUUUUGCUUUUGUUUUAUUUCGCCCCCUCCAGUAUUCAAUUGAAAUAAAACAUAAGAGCACAACGUUUCUGAAUGUAUAGCCAACAUACGUGUCCUCUCCUUUGAACAGCUGCGCAGUGUAAAAUGGCAUUAAAUAUGAUUUAUGUGGA